AGCUCCUUCCUCUGUGGAGCGGAGAGCGAGCGAGCGAGCGAGCGAGAGAGCUAGAGCGAGCCAGAGAGCGGCGAAGGCGGGCAGAGGGGCGCGAGCGAAGCGGCGCAGCCAUCCCCGGCCCGGCGCCGCGCCGCCACCAUGCUAAACAACCUGACGGACUGCGAGGACGGCGACGGGGGAGCCAACCCGGGUGAUGGCAACCCCAAGGAAAGCAGCCCCUUCAUCAACAGCACUGACACGGAGAGGGGCAAGGAGUAUGACGGCAAGAACAUGGCCCUGUUUGAGGAGGAGAUGGACACCAGCCCCAUGGUGUCCUCCCUGCUCAGUGGCCUGGCCAACUACACCAACCUGCCCCAGGGAAGCAGGGAGCACGAGGAGGCAGAAAACAACGAGGGCGGGAAAAAGAAGCCGGUGCAGGCCCCGCGCAUGGGCACCUUUAUGGGUGUGUACCUCCCAUGUCUGCAGAACAUCUUUGGCGUCAUCCUCUUCCUGAGACUCACUUGGGUGGUGGGCAUAGCGGGCAUCAUGGAGUCCUUCUGCAUGGUCUUCAUCUGCUGCUCCUGUACGAUGCUCACGGCCAUCUCCAUGAGUGCCAUUGCAACCAAUGGUGUUGUGCCUGCUGGUGGCUCCUACUACAUGAUUUCCAGGUCUCUGGGCCCAGAGUUUGGGGGCGCCGUGGGCCUCUGCUUCUACCUCGGCACUACCUUUGCUGGGGCCAUGUACAUCCUGGGCACCAUCGAGAUCCUGCUGGCGUACCUCUUCCCGGCCAUGGCCAUCUUCAAGGCAGAGGAUGCCAGCGGAGAGGCGGCGGCCAUGCUGAACAACAUGCGUGUCUACGGCACCUGCGUGCUCACCUGCAUGGCCACUGUGGUGUUUGUGGGCGUCAAGUAUGUCAACAAGUUCGCCCUGGUCUUCCUGGGCUGUGUCAUCCUGUCCAUCCUGGCCAUCUACGCCGGGGUCAUCAAGUCUGCCUUCGACCCACCCAACUUUCCGAUCUGCCUCCUGGGGAACCGCACGCUGUCGCGCCAUGGCUUUGAUGUCUGUGCCAAGCUGGCCUGGGAAGGAAAUGAGACGGUGACCACGCGGCUCUGGGGCCUGUUCUGCUCUUCACGUUUUCUCAACGCUACCUGUGAUGAGUACUUCACCCGAAACAAUGUCACGGAGAUCCAGGGCAUUCCUGGCGCUGCCAGCGGCCUCAUCAAAGAGAACCUGUGGAGCUCCUACCUCACCAAGGGGGUGAUUGUGGAGAAGCGUGGGAUGCCCUCGGUGGGCCUGGCAGAUGGCACUCCCGUCGACAUGGACCACCCCUACGUCUUCAGUGAUAUGACCUCCUACUUCACCCUGCUGGUCGGCAUCUACUUCCCGUCAGUCACAGGGAUCAUGGCGGGCUCCAACCGCUCUGGGGACCUGCGGGAUGCCCAGAAGUCCAUCCCUACGGGCACCAUCCUGGCCAUCGCCACCACCUCUGCGGUCUACAUCAGCUCUGUUGUCCUGUUUGGGGCCUGCAUCGAGGGGGUCGUCCUGCGGGACAAGUUUGGUGAAGCUGUGAAUGGAAACCUGGUGGUGGGCACACUGGCCUGGCCAUCUCCCUGGGUCAUUGUCAUCGGCUCCUUCUUCUCCACCUGUGGGGCUGGGCUUCAGAGCCUCACGGGGGCCCCACGCCUGUUACAGGCCAUCUCCCGGGAUGGCAUAGUGCCCUUCCUGCAGGUCUUUGGCCAUGGCAAAGCCAAUGGAGAGCCGACGUGGGCACUGCUGCUGACGGCCUGCAUCUGCGAGAUCGGCAUCCUCAUUGCCUCCCUCGACGAGGUGGCCCCCAUCCUGUCCAUGUUCUUCCUGAUGUGCUACAUGUUCGUGAACCUGGCCUGUGCCGUGCAGACGCUGCUGAGGACGCCCAACUGGAGGCCGCGCUUUCGAUACUACCACUGGACCCUCUCCUUCCUGGGCAUGAGCCUCUGCCUGGCCCUCAUGUUCAUCUGCUCCUGGUAUUACGCGCUGGUGGCCAUGCUCAUUGCGGGGCUCAUCUACAAGUACAUCGAGUACCGCGGGGCAGAGAAGGAAUGGGGCGAUGGGAUCCGGGGCCUGUCCCUCAGCGCCGCUCGCUAUGCCCUCUUGCGCCUGGAGGAAGGGCCCCCGCACACCAAGAACUGGAGGCCUCAGCUGCUGGUGCUGGUGCGCGUGGACCAGGACCAGAAUGUGGUGCACCCCCAGCUGCUCUCCCUGACCUCUCAGCUCAAGGCAGGGAAGGGCCUGACCAUCGUGGGCUCAGUCCUGGAGGGCACCUUUCUGGACAACCAUCCCCAGGCCCAGCGGGCAGAGGAGUCUAUCCGGCGCCUGAUGGAGGCAGAGAAGGUGAAAGGCUUCUGCCAGGUGGUGAUCUCCUCCAACCUGCGAGACGGCGUGUCCCACCUGAUUCAGUCCGGGGGCCUCGGGGGCCUACAGCACAACACGGUGCUCGUGGGCUGGCCCCGCAACUGGAGGCAGAAAGAGGACCAUCAGACGUGGCGGAACUUCAUCGAACUGGUCCGGGAAACCACAGCUGGCCAUCUGGCCCUGCUGGUCACCAAGAACGUGUCCAUGUUCCCUGGGAACCCCGAGCGCUUCUCCGAGGGCAGCAUCGACGUCUGGUGGAUCGUGCACGACGGCGGCAUGCUCAUGCUGCUGCCCUUCCUGCUGCGCCACCACAAGGUCUGGCGGAAGUGCAAGAUGCGAAUCUUCACUGUGGCCCAGAUGGACGACAACAGCAUCCAGAUGAAGAAGGACCUGACCACGUUUCUGUACCAUUUGCGCAUCACGGCGGAGGUGGAGGUGGUGGAGAUGCACGAGAGCGACAUCUCCGCCUACACCUACGAGAAGACCCUGGUGAUGGAGCAGCGCUCCCAGAUCCUCAAGCAGAUGCACCUGACCAAGAACGAGCGCGAGCGGGAGAUUCAGAGUAUCACAGAUGAGUCUCGAGGCUCCAUCCGGAGAAAGAAUCCAGCCAACACUCGGCUUCGCCUCAAUGUCCCGGAAGAGACCGCUGGUGACAGCGAGGAGAAGCCCGAGGAGGAGGUGCAGCUGAUCCACGACCAGAGUGCUCCCAGCUGCCCCAGCAGCUCCCCGUCCCCAGGGGAGGAGCCUGAGGGGGAGGGCGAGACAGACCCCGAGAAGGUGCAUCUCACCUGGACCAAGGACAAGUCCGUGGCAGAGAAGAAUAAGGGCCCCAGUCCCGUCUCCUCGGAGGGCAUCAAGGACUUCUUCAGCAUGAAGCCGGAGUGGGAGAACUUGAACCAGUCCAACGUGCGGCGCAUGCACACGGCCGUGCGGCUGAACGAGGUCAUCGUGAAGAAAUCCCGGGACGCCAAGCUCGUUUUGCUCAACAUGCCCGGGCCUCCCCGCAACCGCAACGGUGACGAAAACUACAUGGAGUUCCUCGAGGUCCUCACAGAACACCUGGAUCGGGUGAUGCUGGUCCGCGGCGGCGGCCGCGAGGUCAUCACCAUCUACUCCUGAGGGCCAGGACCUGCCACCCGGGCCCCAGCGCGCCCGGCCGCGGCCCCGGAGCCCUCGCCGCGCCCCCCGCCGCUGUCACCGUUUACAUACAGACCCUGUGCCCGUGCCCUGGCCCCUUUCCCCGCUGCCUGAAGCCUGGAGGCCACGCCCGUCGGGGCUGACUCGGAGAGGGCGCCCGGGCGCCCUGUCGUCCCGGCUGCGCUGCCCUUUUCUAAGCGCGGCCUCGCCCGGCCGGAGAGACGCUGCAAUAAGGGUCGGGAGCAGGUGCGGAAAGCAGAGGACUGGGGCCCGGAGGACCCCCGGCAUCCACUCGGCCCCUUCCCCUUCCCACGCCCGCCGCGGUCCUGGCGCUGCGCUCCU